UUUUAGACCAGAGUAUUACAUGGUACCUCCCAUGAAUGAGCUCAAUGACAUGAUUGAUAGUAAUGGUGAAGUUUGGGUAAAUGAUUUUGUGGUUGGUAGAGAGGGUUAUGGAGAGGUUAAGUUCUUGGGAAGAACUAAUGUUGCUGAUCUUAAUCUUGAUGACAUUGUAUUCUUUAGACGCCGUGAAAUAGAAGUCUAUCCAGAGAGUUUCCCAAAUAAACCCCCUGUGGGAGAAAGGUUAAACAAAAAAGCUGAAAUUACUUUGCUAAAUGUUUGGCCAAAUGAUAAAACAACWCACACACCAAUUAAAACACCAGAAAGGUUGAGACUUCAAGGAUGGUUGGAAAAAGUUGAAGCAGCCACUGCCAAACUGGAUGCCACAUUUUUAGAUUACAGGCCUGAAACAGGAACUUGGGUUUUUGUUGUGGAGCAUUUUACCAAGUAUGGAAUACAUGAAUUUCUUGAAGCUGAAAAUUUAACAAAGAAGCAGAAGAAAGUCACGAUAGACUUGGAUAAAAGAUUGGAGAAAGAGGAGUGCCAUAAAGAUGUUAUCAUAGAUGAUGAAGAAAAGAUGUUAAUUUCAAAAUCUAUUGAUGAACAGCACCAAGCAAAAAUUGCUGCAUUUGAGCAAGAAAAAGAGAGUGCAUUGACAGAAAGUAUGCAGGACCAAGAUAGUGACAUUGAUGAUCUGGAGCUCCAGACAUUUCCUGAUGAUGUUCUUGAUAAUGAUGAGGAGCAGUUUGGUGAGCUCCCUGCCAGCCAUCAGCUUGCAGCAGUUCUUGGUGUUAGCGCUCAUCGUAUGCAGGUCAUGAAAGCAUCCUUCUUUGGGGAGUCUCAGCAUGCACAGCCAGUCAGCAAGCCAUUACUAAGCGAUACCAGGCCAUCAUCUCAACAUACUGCACCUCUUUCACAUGGCCAUGAGGUUGCUCUAUUUGGAAGCCCCAGAAAAGAUGUUAUUGCCAAAUCAGCAAACUUGCCUUACACAGUGACAUCAGAUAGUCCAUCCUCCAAACUAAUGGACCCAAGUGCUAUUGGUAGUGCAUUGGAUAGAGGAACCAAACUAGUAGGAGCAAGGGCAAAGCAAAGACAAUUAGUCCCAAAAGAAAASUCCAUUACAAAUAGGAAAGAACAUUUUAUCAGUGAUUUAGGAUUGGUCAUGGGAAGAUCAUUCCGUGUGGGCUGGGGACCAGGAUUUACAUUUGUGCAUUGUGGCCACCCCAAAGGAGAAAAGACAGGCAAAACUUCAACUAUUGUCAUGUCAUCAGUUACUCAAGAUGUAUUAAUGCCAAAGUCAAGACAUGUACAGGAGGCAGAGGCUGGUUUGACUCCUUUUGGAUUAUUUAAAGAAAGAAUUAAUAUUGCUAGCCAUUUGACUCAAGACAAUGAAAAAGGUUUGAUGCAGCAUAUUAUGGGACUAGAAGUAGAACUAGAUCAUAGCAAAUCAACAAUGCAAAAUGGCUGUCCAUUGUUUGAACCAUCACCCGGUACUGAAGGCAUCCAUCAUCAUGCUGAAAUGUGCAGGAAAAACAUUGACGCAUUCAUUUCAGGUCCUCUUCAGGACACAGCAAAACACAUGAGCUUGGUUUGGGAUUUAGUUGUUGCACUGUGGGGACAGCAAGAAGAGAAAGACAUAGAUUCAUAUAGUAACCAUAUUUUAAGACGACAAGCUUUAUGUUCAUGGUUUGCAAAUGCAUGCAAAGAGAAGGUCAAAGCUGAAGUUGAUCAGUAUGGAAACUUUGAGGAAAGUGAUUAUUUGAAGGCCAUAUGGAGUCAUUUAACAGGUGGACAGAUCAGCCAAGCUUGUAAUUUAGCUAUAAAGCAUAGUGACUACAGAUUGGCUAUGUUAUUGUCGCAAGCUACUGGUCAUAUAUCAAGUAGACAGUUAAUUCAACAACAGCUUCAUGAUUGGGAGGUUCUAAAGGCCGACAACUAUAUAUCAGAUCAGAGGCUCAAAAUAAUUGCAUUGUUAGCUGGAACAUUGGUAUGGAGAACAUCCACAAAUACUCUUAACACUUGUCAUGAACUGGACUGGAAAAGAACUUUUGCUGUGCACAUGUUGUACCAAAGCUCACCCUCUUCAUCGAUUGCGGAGAUUCUCUCAAAUUAUGAAGAUUCCUAUCAGGGCACGUCAAGCUAUGAGAGUUAUGGGGCUCCCCCCCUCCCAUCCUACAUGGAAGAGAAUCAUGACUUCGAUUACGUUCAAGACACUUGCUAUCAUCUUAUCAAGCUAUACUGUGAACGAUCUCACAGCCUUGAGAAAGCUCUAGCACCAUCUACUUAURCUCCUUUUCAACUCGACUAUAGACAGAGCUGGCAUCUGUCAUUAGCCAUGCUGUCUCUUGGUUAUACACAYAUGUCGUCUUAUCAUACAGGACUGCUACAUACUAGUUUUGCUGCCCAAUUAGAGGCUUUGGGWUUGUGGCAAUGGUCGGCUUUUGUAUUGCUCCAUUUAAAAGAUUACGCUAAGCGCGAGUGUGCUGUCCGUUCUUUAUUAUACCGCCAUUGUGAGUUGUCAACAUCAGCAGAAUACAUUAGAAAAGAAGAGUUUUUACAAGGAAAGCUUCACAUCCCACCUGAAUGGAUUCAUGAAGCAAAGGCCAUCCGUGCUAUGUAUCUUAGCCAGGCUGACAAACAAGCAUUUCACCUUCUCAAGUCUCAGCAAUGGAAUCAUUGUCAUGAAGUUGUACUUAACAGUUUAGCAAGUGUUGCCAUCAUUAAUGAGGAAUAUGAUGACGUACAUUCCAUCUUAACUGAGCUUGAACCACGAGAGAGAUGCAGCACAAUAAAGAACUGGUCCACGGGUGGACAGGUGAUUUUACACUUCCUAAAAGUUGAUAAAAAUAUUAAAGGUUUAACUGAGGGAUCAGUUGAACCAACAAAAUAUAAGUUUGAAGAAUUGCACAUGCAUCUGUCUUCAUUGUGCAACAGAAUAUCAAAUUUGCCAUCUACUACAGUUUACGACAGAUUAUGCCAAUAUGAAUUAGCACAAAAAUGUUCAAACUAUCUUAAGCUGGUUACUUUAGAACUGGAUGAUCUUAGCGAAGAUACGUGGUUUACUACGCGUGAUGUGGUUCCACAUAUCAGUCAGCUUCCACUUCCUGAAGACUAUAGGCUCGCUGAACUGCAAGGCCUUACUGCACRCUAUGUAUCAGAAAUCUAGGCAGAUAUCCUAUAUACCUUUAUCAAACCACUUUCAAUGUAUUAUAGAACAGAAAAUUUUCAAUGUUUUAUACAGUAGAAWUCUUGCACUUAUAAAUCCGUGAAUAUUACUAAUGAGUAGUAAAUAGGAAUAAAUCACCAUUUUUUUGUUUGUUUGUUUCACGUUUUAAGUUYGUUUACUGUACAGAGGUUUUUCGCAAGUCUCGUAAUAAUUUCCAGAGACUAAUAGAAUAAUUGGUAUAAGAGUAAAAAAACGUGAAAUAGAGAUUAAACUUUAGUAUGCUCUAAA